UAUCCGGAAUGUGAUGCAGAAGUAUCUCGAGGAGAGAAAUGAGAUAACCUUCGACAAGAUUUUCAAUCAGAGAAUCGAAUCGGUUCAUUGACUGCGACAAAAAUUGCUAUUGGAUUUCUGACUGGGAUUGUGCUAAGUCCGUAGCUAGAUCUGGGGAGAAGCAACACCUUACAACACUGAGUCUUCCAAUCCACGAACAUGGUCUUCUCUUCAUUUAUUUGGAUCUUUUGAAUUUGUUCAUCAGUAUUUUAAAAAAAAAAAGUACUCCCGCGAGAGAAACUAGAGGCGCAUUUUGUGAAUUUGUCCACGUGGGACGUCAACGCGCAAGGUCAGCUGUGAAACGCUGCGGGCUCAGAGCUGAGCCACAGCCUGUGCCGCGGUGCCGUGUCCCCCCUGUCCCCGUGAGGCGGCGCUUGAGGUGCUGCAGGUGGGGGGUUCCUGGAGAUUGGAGACUGGUGCUCGCGCUCAGCCGGCUGCAAACCACAGACUGCAGAGAAACAGAGGGACCCCAGACAGCUGUGCGCCUGAGGAGGAGCCGUGCCAACCCCGGCUCCAGGGUGGUGGAAACGCCGAGCACCCCUAGACACCUGACUGUGAUCCACUACACCCCAGCAAAGCCAAGUUGACAGCAGUCACAUCUGUCAUUCAUCACAUGCAGUCUCAUUGCUCACAGUCAGAGGUUUCUUGCUAUUUAAAGAUUUUUGUUUGAAUGAAAUUAAUGAAGCUGUCCCUCAGGUGAAGUUUUAUGAAGAGAUCAAAGAGUACGAGAAGCUGGACAACGAGGAGGACCGCCUGUGCAGGAGCCGGCAGAUCUACGACACCUACGUCAUGAAGGAGCUGCUGUCCUGUUCCCACCCAUUCUCCAAGCAAGCUGUGGAACACGUACAGAGUCAUCUGUCCAAGAAGCAAGUGACAUCGACACUCUUUCAGCCUUACAUAGAAGAGAUCUGCGAAAGUCUUCGAGGCGACAUUUUUCAAAAAUUUCUGGAAAGCGACAAAUUCACUAGAUUUUGUCAGUGGAAAAACGUAGAAUUAAAUAUUCAUUUGACCAUGAACGACUUCAGUGUACAUAGGAUCAUCGGACGGGGAGGAUUUGGGGAAGUGUACGGUUGCAGGAAAGCGGACACUGGAAAAAUGUACGCCAUGAAAUGCCUGGAUAAGAAGCGCAUCAAGAUGAAGCAAGGAGAGACGCUGGCCCUGAAUGAGCGGAUCAUGCUGUCCCUCGUCAGUACAGGAGACUGCCCUUUCAUCGUGUGCAUGACCUACGCCUUCCACACCCCGGAUAAGCUCUGCUUCAUCCUCGACCUCAUGAACGGGGGCGACCUGCACUAUCACCUUUCCCAGCACGGGGUGUUCUCUGAGAAGGAGAUGCGCUUCUAUGCCACGGAAAUCAUCCUGGGGCUGGAGCACAUGCACAGCCGGUUCGUCGUGUACAGGGACCUGAAGCCCGCAAAUAUCCUCCUGGAUGAGCACGGACACGUGAGGAUAUCAGAUCUUGGUCUCGCCUGUGAUUUUUCAAAAAAGAAGCCUCAUGCGAGUGUGGGCACCCAUGGGUACAUGGCUCCUGAGGUGCUGCAGAAGGGGACAGCCUACGACAGCAGCGCAGACUGGUUCUCCCUGGGCUGCAUGCUCUUCAAACUCCUGAGAGGCCACAGCCCUUUCAGACAACAUAAAACCAAAGAUAAGCAUGAAAUAGACCGGAUGACCCUCACCAUGAACGUGGAGCUCCCGGACACCUUCUCCCCUGACCUCAAGUCCCUCCUGGAGGGCCUGCUGCAGCGGGAAGUGAGCCAGCGGCUGGGCUGUCACGGAAGCGGUGCCCAGGAGGUGAAAGGACAUGGCUUCUUCAAGGGCAUCGACUGGCAGCACGUCUACCUGCAGAAGUACCCACCACCCCUCAUCCCUCCCCGGGGAGAGGUCAAUGCUGCGGAUGCCUUUGACAUCGGCUCCUUUGAUGAAGAGGACACCAAAGGCGUUAAGCUGCUGGACGGCGACCAGGAGCUCUACAGGAACUUCCCCCUGGUCGUCUCCGAGCGCUGGCAGCAGGAAGUCACAGAAACCGUCUACGAAGCCGUCAACGCAGACACGGACAAGGUGGAGGCCAGGAAGAGGGCCAAGAACAAACAGCUGGGCCACGAGGAAGAUUACGCGCUGGGCAAGGACUGCCUCCUGCACGGCUACAUGCUGAAGCUGGGCAACCCGUUCCUCACGCAGUGGCAGCGCCGCUACUUCUACCUCUUUCCCAACAGACUCGAGUGGAGGGGAGAAGGCGAGUCGCGGGCCUGUGUCCACCCAUCUCAUGUGCUACGUGUGUCCCUAGAGCCUCAUUCCGUGCUGUCUGGCGGGAGCGCCAUCUCGGCUCACCAGCUCAACGCCUCACCACCCCAGCAGGGCUGCCUCAGCAUGGCCAUCUCAUCACGCCUCGCCUUGUGGGAGCAGAAGAUCCGGGAAGAGGACAAGACUCCUCCGCCGUCCUCGCCCCCUCCCCUCUUCUCCGUCAUCCCGGGGGGCUUCAUCAGGCAACUGGUCCGCGAGACGGAGAAGGAGUCCAAGGAAGCCAGGCGGAGGAAGCAGGCGGUGCUGGCCUCCCCAGAACAAGAGAUCCCAGAAGUUUCCACCAGUCCACCAAACAGCAAGACCAACAGGGGCACAAAAUCUGGAAGCCAACAGAUUCCCCAGGACAGCCAGUCUGCCCCUCCCCAGGGCACAAGCAUUCCGGGCAAGGGGAGCCAGGGGGCCGGCAGCACUGCCCCUGCACUGAUGACCAGCAUCAAUGGCGAGAAGCCCCAGGAGUCAGGCCCCACGGCGACUCCAGCCAAGAAGAGCCUGCCCUUCAGGAGGGGUGUGCUGGGGGGCGAUGUGCUGCUGAUGGUGGCCAGGCUGGACCCGGGAGCACCCCAGCCAGAGCAGAGGACCCAGCCCCGUGAUCCCCCCACUUGCAAGACACCACCCGCAGUCACAGACCCUGGGGGCGAAAAGCAAGGGGAGACCCCAGGGAGUCCCUCUGGGUCCCAGGUCUCCACUGAGAACUUGGCUUCGAAGCCUGAGAAGACCCGGACUGGGGGUCUUGGGGACCCAGGCCAAGGAUCAGAAGGCGAGAAGGGGGGCAGGGGACCCCAGACCAAAGGGCUGAAAGGGGGUGAGCCCCAGGGCAAAGAGGAGCAGAGGACCAGGCCCCAAACCCAAGGGGCAGGUGAUGGGGGGCAGCCAGGGGCGGAGGAGAAGGAGGGAGGGGAUCCCCCACGCAAGACCGAGAAGGGGGGUCUGCCCAAGGACGUGGGGACUGAAGAGAAGCCCUCUGGGCCUCGAGUCCAAGUGAGGAAAUGGGGCGGUUCCCUGGGCAGAAAGAGUAAGUGGGGUGGUCCCCAGAGCAAGAAGGACAAAGGAGGUGAGCUCGGGGCCGGCAGCGAGGAGCCGGCAGGAGGCACAGCGCAGGGCAGCCUGCCGCCGCCAGGGGGCGCUCCCGGGGAGCCGGAGGCGGCAGGCGCACCUGGGCGGACAGGUGAGCCCUGUGCCAGGCCAGAGGAGGCCCGGGGGGCGGCCGGAGCCCCAGAGGAGGUGGCUACAGAGGGGCCGUCGCUGGCGGCAGCCGGACAGGAGGACGCGCCGCAAGGCAGAGCGCAGGAGCCCUGCGCCAGAGCCCAGGACGGGGACGGGCCCGGGCUGCCGCAGCUGGACAGAAGCCCAAGGCCUGCGGAGACCCCGGGGGUCGGGCAGACGCAGCCCGAGGAGGGGACAGCCCUGCAGGAGGACAGCAGAGGAGGCCAGAGCGGAGACUCAGACCAGGCUCCUGAGGACAGAUGGUACCAGGCAGAGAAAGUCUGGCUGGUUCAGAAGGACGGAUUUACUCUUGCCACGGUACUAAAGCCAGACGAGGGGACAGCCGACCUGCCCGCGGGAAGGGUACGACUUUGCCUGGACACUGACCAAACCAUCACGGAGGUGGAUGAGGAGCACGUGCACAGGGCCAACCCCCCCGAGCUGGACCAGGCCGAGGACCUGGCCUCUCUCAUCAGCGUCAACGAGUCCAGUGUCCUGAACACCCUUCUGCACCGCUACCGGGCCCAGCUGCCACACACCUGCUCUGGGCCUGAUCUGAUCGUCCUUCAGCCGCAGGGUCCCUUGGCGCCCCCUGAAGCCAAGGUGCCCAGGGGCCGCCGGGACGGCUUGCCUGCCCACGUCUGCUCCCUGGCCCAGCGGGCCUACUGGGAGCUGCUGAGCCAGCGGAGGGACCACAGCAUCGUGGCCCUGGGCCGGAGUGGCGCGGGGAAGACCACCUGCUGCAAGCAGGUCCUGGAGCACCUGGUGGCAAUGGCAGGCAGUGUGGACGGCAGGGUGUCAGUGGAGAAGAUCCGAGCGGCCUUUACCGUCCUCAGGGCCUUUGGCUCUGUGUCCACGGGCCACAGCCGCAGCGCCACCCGAUUUAGCAUGGUGAUGUCACUGGACUUCAACGCCAUGGGCCGCAUCACAGCCGCUCAGCUCCAGACGAUGCUUUUGGAGAAGAGCCGAGUGGCUCGGCAGCCGGAAGGGGAGGGCAACUUCAAGGUCUUCUCCCAGAUGCUGGCUGGGCUGGACCUGGAUCUCAGGACCGAGCUGAACCUGCACCAGACAGCAGAAAGCAGCACCUUUGGCAUGGGCGUGUGGUCCAAGCCUGAAGACAAGCAGAAGGCAGGGGCGGCCUUUGCCCAGCUCCGGGGCGCCAUGGAGACGCUGGGCAUCUCAGAGAGCGAGCAGCGGGCCAUUUGGCGGGUGCUGGCGGCCAUCUACCACCUCGGCGUGGCCGGAGCCUGCAAAGUGGGCCGGAAGCAGUUCAUGCGUUUCGAGUGGGCGAACCACGCAGCCGUGGCCCUGGGCUGUGAGUUCGAGGAGCUGAACACGGCCACCUUCAAGCACCACCUGCGGCAGAUCAUCGAGCAAGUGAUGUCCAGGCCCAGGCCACGGGGACUCGAGGAGGAGGAGGCCAGCCCAGGGCUCAAGAUGAUGGGCGUGGAGUGCGUGGAGGGCAUGGCCGGCGGCCUGUACCAGGAGCUCUUUGCUGCCGUCGUCUCGCUCAUCAACAGAUCCUUCUCCUCCCACCACCUCUCCAUGGCGUCCAUCAUGGUGGUGGACUCCCCGGGCUUUCAGAACCCCCGGCAUCAGGGCAAGGACCGGGCGGCCACCUUUGAGGAGCUGUGUCAUAAUUACGCCCAGGAGCGUCUGCAGCUGCUCUUCCACCAAAGCACCUUCGUGUCCACGCUGGAGCGACUCCGAGAGGAAGAUGUUCCUGUGAAGUUCGACCUCCCGGAGUCUUCCCCAGCGACAACAGUGGCCGUUGUGGAUCAGAAGCCCUCCCAGGUCCACUUACCAGCUGGAGGAGGUGCCGAGGAUGCCAGGGGCCUUCUCUGGGUCCUGGAUGAGGAGGUCCGGGUCGAGGGCUCCAGUGACAGCGUGGUGCUCGAGCGUCUGCGGGUGGCCUUUGAGAAGGGAGCUGGAGGUGAGGGGACCUCCGCCCUGAGGACCUGUGAGCAGCCCCUUCAGUGCGAGAUCGCCCACCAGCUGGGGCAGGACCCCGUGCGCUACGACCUCACAGGCUGGCUCCACAAGGCCAAGCCCAACCUCUCGGCCCUGGACGCCCCCCAGGUCCUUCAGCACUCAAAGAGGGAGGAGCUGCAGAGCCUGUUCCAGGCGCGGGCCAAGCUGCCCCCCGUGUGCCGGGCAGUGGCGGGCCUGGAGGGCACCUCGGAGCAGGCGUCGCUGCGGAGCCGCGUGGUGAGGAGGACCUUCGCCAGCAGCCUGGGCGCCGUGAGGAGGAGAGCCCCGUGCUCCCACAUCAAGCUGCAGAUGGACGCUCUGGUCAACCUGGUGAAGCGGUCCCGGCUGCACUUCAUCCACUGCCUGACGCCGACCCCGACGGUGGAGAGCAGGGGCCGGCAGGGCUCUCCCACACCACCGCAGCCUGAUGGGGACCAACCCGGGGCAGACCAGCCCCUGUCCCUGGACAUCCCGGCACUCAGGGUGCAGCUGGCGGGAUCACACAUCCUGGAGGCCCUGCGUCUGCACAGAACAGGCUUCGCCGACCACAUGGGGCUUGCUCAGUUCCGCCGACGGUUCCAGGCGCUGGACCCUGCGCUGCCGAAGAAGCUCCUGUCGACUUCGGAGGGAAUGGACAAGAGGAAGGCUGUGGAGCAGCUCCUGCUGACCUUGGAUCUGGAGAAGACGGCAGUGGCCCUGGGACACAGCCAAGUCUUCCUCAAGGCAGGGGUGGUCUCCAGGCUGGAGAGGCAGCGAGAGAAGCUGGCGUCCCAGAGCAUCGUCCUCUUCCAGGCGGCCUGCAAGGGCUUCCUGUCGCGCCAGGAGUUCAAGAAGCUGAAGAUUCGCCGCCUGGCUGCCCACUGCAUCCAGAAGAACGUGGCCGCGUUCCUGGCUGUCAAGGACUGGCCAUGGUGGCAGCUGUUUGGUGCCCUCCGGCCACUACUGAGUGCCACCAUCGGGACUGAGCAGCUUCGGGCCAAAGAGGAGGAGCUCACAAUGCUGAGACAGAAGCUGGAAAAAUCAAUAAAGUCCAGGACUGAGCUCCGGCAGAACACAGACCGGCUGGAGAGCCAGAUUGCUGACUUGACCACAGAGCUGGCAGACGAGCGCUUCAAAGGGGACGUGGCCUGCCAGGCGCUGGAGAGCGAGCGGGCAGAGCGGCUGCAGGCCUUCCGGGAGGCCCAGGAGCUCAAGAGCAAGUACGAGCAAGUCCAGAAGAAGUUGGGAGAAGUAGAGAAGCAGUUGGAAGAAGCCCAGCAGAAAAUUCAGCUGAAUGACUUAGAGAGGAGCCACGCGGCGGGAGCAGAUGAGUGGCAGAUGCGCUUCGACUGUGCUCAGAUGGAGAAUGAGUUUCUCAGAAAGCGUCUCCAGCAGUGUGAGGAGAGGCUGGACUCAGAGCUGACAUCCAGGAAAGAGCUGGAACAGAAGCUCGCCGAGCUGCAGAGUGCUUACGAGGAGGCCAGGAAGGCAGCCCACCAACUGAAGAGGAAGUGCCACUGCCUGACCUGGGACCUGGAGGACACCCGCGUCCUGCUGGAGAACCAGCAAAGCCGAAACCACGAGCUGCAGAAGAAGCAGAAGAAGUUUGACAUGCAGCUGGCUCAGGCCCUGGGGGAGUCGGUGUUUGAAAAGAGUAUGCGUGAGAAAGUGUCGCAGGAGAACAGCAGCGUGCGGUGGGAGCUGGGGCAGCUCCAGCAGCAAGUCAAGCAAAAGGAGCAGGAAACCAUGAAGCUGAGGCAGGAGGUGGAGACGCUGCAGACUCAGAAACAGGAGCUGCUGGAGUCAUCCUCUGUGGGGAAAGAUGGCGUCGCCGGCUUGAAGGAGCGGCUCUGGAAGCUGGAAUCCAGCAAGCUGGAGCAAGAGAAGAUCCAGAACCAGCAGGAAAAUACCAUCAAGCAGCUGGAGCAGCUCCGCCAGCGGUUUGAACUGGAAAUAGAGAGGAUGAAGCAGAUGCAUCAGAAGGACCGGGAGGACCAAGAGGAGGAGCUGGAGGACAUCCGUCAGUCCUGCCAGAAGCGGCUCCACCAGCUGGAGAUGCAGCUGGAGCAGGAGCACGAGGAGAAGCAGAUGGUGCUCCACGAGAAGCAGGACCUGGAAGGCUUGAUCGGGACCCUGUGUGACCAGAUUGGCCACCGGGAUUUCGACGUGGAGAAGCGUCUUCGGAGGGACCUGAAGAGGACGCACGCCCUUCUGUCAGACGUCCAGCUUCUUCUGGCCACCAUGGAGGACAGCAAGACCUCUGUCAGCAAGGAGGAGCUGGAGAAGGUGCACAGCCAGCUGGAACAGAGUGAGGCCAAGUGCGAGGACGCCCUGAAGACCCAGAAGGCGCUGACCACGGACCUGGAGAACAUGCACAGCGAGUUAGAGAACAUGACCCGGAGCAAGAGCCUGGUGGACGAGCAGCUGCACCGGCUGCAGUUCGAGAAGGCGGGCCUCCUGAAGCGUAUUGACGAGGACCAGGACGACCUGAACGCGCUCGUGCAGAAGCACAAGGACCUCAUUGCUCAGUCGGCUGCGGACAUUGGUCAGAUCCAAGAGCUACAGCAGGAGCUGGAGGAAGCCAAGAAGGAGAGGCACAAGCUUCAGGAACAAUUGCAGGUGGCGGAGAUGCGCGUCCAGUACCUGGAGCAGUCCACCGUGGACCGCGCCAUUGUCAGCAGGCAGGAGGCAGCCAUCUGCGACCUGGAGAACAAGACGGAGUUUCAGAAAGUGCAGAUUAAGAGACUUGAGGUCCUGGUGAUCAGACUUCGGGACAGCCUGAUCAAGAUGGGCGAGGACCUGUCGCAGGCCCAGGCCUCCGAGUCCAAGCAGCGGGAGAGCAGCCAGUACUACCAGCGGCGCCUGGAGGAGCUGAAGGCAGACAUGGAGGAGCUGGUGCAGCGGGAGGCGGAGGCCAGCAGGAGGUGCAUGGAGCUGGAGAAGUACGUGGAGGAGCUCGCAGCCGUGAGGCAGACCCUGCAGUCAGACCUAGAGACGUCCAUCCGGCGGAUCGCCGACCUGCAGGCGGCCCUGGAGGAGGUGGCGUCCAGCGACAGCGAUGCCGAGAGUGUGCAGACAGCAGUGGAUUGUAGCAACGGCGGCAGGAAAGAAAUAGACAACUUCUCCGUCAUCAGCUCCCAGCCAGAGGGCAGUCUGCAGUCCUGGCUGAGCUGUACUCUGUCCCUGGCCACAGACACCGCGAGGAGCCCCUCUCGACAGUCAGCCGUCAGCAGCUACACCCUCAAUGCCAGGGCGAACAAAGAGGCCAGAGAUGCUGGGGGGACGCGGCCGGCGUCGGCGCUCAGCAGAGCCUGGGACGGCGGCAGGAAGACCUCCAGAGAAGGCGAUGUGUCCCCGCGCUCCUCCCGCCCACAGAAGUCCUGCCACUUUGAGGAUGGGGACAGGUUUGGUGUCCACAGGAAGCCCAUGGAGAGGUCGGGGGCUCUGCCUUUCCCCCUGGCUUCUCGGAGUCCAGAUGCGUCCCCGCUGCCCCGGGAGAAGCUGCCCAGCCCGUCGGCGGCCCUCUCGGAGUUCGUGGAAGGGCUUCGCAAGAAAAGGGCCCAGAGAGGACAAGGGUCCCCUCUGGGCCUGGAGGACUGGCCCACCCUCCCCAUUUACCAGACCACCGGCGCCUCCACGCUCAGGAGGGGCAGGGCCAGCAGCGACGAGGGAGAGCUGUUCCUGAGGUCACGGGCAAGGUCACCCCUGGAAGAAGAGGGGGCCGCGGGGACAUCAGCUGGUCUGCUGCGCUCCACCAGCCUGAAAUGCAUCUCCUCCGAGGGCGCUGAGGGCACCACCCAGCUGCCCGAGAAGCUCAAGACCCGGUUCAGUUCAUGCGAGUCCCUCUUGGAAUCGGGACCCACCCUGGGGAGAAAACCGAGCCCCCCGACCCUGCCCAGGGACACGCUCUUGUCACCCACGCUGCGACCUCGGAGGAGGUGUCUGGAGUCCUCGGUGGAUGACGCAGGCUGCCCAGACCUCGGGAAGGAGCCGCUGGUCUUCCAGAACCGUCAGUUUGCCCACCUGAUGGAGGAGCCUGUGGACAGCGACCCGUUCAGCUGGACGCGCCCCAGCCUGGACAUCAGACGCAAGCCCAGCGUGGACUUCGAUGACUUCCUCCCUGCCAUCCGGAAGCCCGAGACCCCUCCAUCCUUGGCCGGAGCAGCCAAAGAUGGGCACAAAGGUUCGAAGCACUCGAGUGUCCAUCUUGAGAUGGAAAAGGCUGACCGCCCCUUUGUCUCGGGCAUCAAAACCAUUUUGAAAAAGAGCCCAGAGUCCAAGGAGGACCCCGCACACCUCUCGGACUCGUCUUCAUCCUCCAGUUCCAUUGUGUCCUUCAAAAGUGCCGACAGCAUCAAGAGUCGGCCGAGAGCCCCUCGACUCGAGGGCGACGGUGGAGAACAAAUGUCCCCCGAGAACAGAGAGCCAGGUGCAGAGAGGAAAGAAGACGUGGAGAGCAUAAUGAAGAAAUACCUGCAGAAGUAGGGCCCCUGCAGCUUCUGGAGAUGCGAUCCUCGAAGUCUCCCCAGCUGCACAGCCACCUGGAGACAGAGACUGGCCAGGCCUCACGGGGCCCCGGGUCCGGAGCCGCCCACACAGCCACCCCCGAGAGGCGAGAAGGACCCAGGGAGGCAGUUCCCGCUGGGGGCUCGGGGCGCCCGUGUGCUUGGUCUGUACAAAAUAAAGUCGUCUUCCUUGGUA